CAUUGGUAGCACGCAAGCCACUUUCUCCGAGAUCGCCGCGAUGACGACGACGACGACGACGAGCGCCAUCGGCUCCCUCCUCGUGCUCCUGCUUGUGGUGGUGGUGGGAGGGGUGUGCUCCGCCUCCGUGGGCGGCGGCGGCGGCGGAGGGGAGGCGUGGCGGGCGGAGCAGGAGCGGGACCGGGUGGCGCGGGUGCCCGGGCAGGACUUCGACGUCGGGUUCGCGCAGUACGCCGGGUACGUCGCCGUCAGCGAGGAGCGCGGCGCCUCGCUCUUCUACUGGUUCUUCGAGGCCGCCGACGACCCGGCGUCCAAGCCCCUCGUGCUCUGGCUCAACGGAGGGCCAGGUUGCUCAUCAAUUGCAUAUGGCGUUGCGGAAGAAGUGGGACCUUUUCAUGUUAAUGCAGAUGGACAGGGUGUACAUCUGAAUCCCUAUUCGUGGAACCAAGUGGCAAAUAUCUUGUUCCUUGAUUCACCAGUUGGUGUUGGUUAUUCGUACUCAAACGCCUCUGAUGAUAUAUUAAAUAAUGGGGAUGCCAGGACUGCCAAUGAUUCUUUGACGUUCUUAACAAAGUGGAUUGAACGAUUUCCUCAGUAUAAGGGGCGUGAGUUCUACGUGACAGGAGAGAGUUAUGCUGGCCACUAUGUUCCUCAAUUAGCACAAGCUAUAAAGAGGCACCAUGAAGCCACUGGAGACAAAUCGAUCAAUCUAAAGGGCUAUAUGGCAGGAAAUGCUCUGUUCGAUGAUUUCCACGAUCACCUUGGCAUAUUUCAAUUCAUGUGGACCAAUGGCUUGAUUUCUGAUCAAACAUACAGGCUACUGAAUGUUUUCUGUGACUACGAGUCCUUUGUGCAUACAUCUUCACAGUGUAAUAAGAUUCUUGACAUUGCUAGUGACGAAGCUGGGAAUAUCGAUUCGUAUAGCAUCUUCACACCUACUUGCCAUGCAUCUUUUGCCUCCUCAAGGAACAAAGUCAUGAAAAGGUUACAUUCUGUUGGGAAAAUGGGAGAGCGGUAUGAUCCAUGCACUGAAAAGCAUUCAACUGUAUACUUCAAUCUGGCUGAGGUGCAAAAGGCACUUCAUGUUAGUCCGAUCAUCAACAAAUCUAAAUGGGAAACCUGCAGUGAUGUUGUUAACACUAACUGGAAGGACUGCGAAAGAUCUGUGCUGCAUAUCUAUCAUGAACUUAUACAGUAUGGUCUUCGUAUAUGGGUGUUCAGUGGAGAUACAGAUGCAGUGCUUCCAGUAACAUCAACUAGAUACAGCAUCAAUGCCCUCAAACUUCCAACGGUAACCCCUUGGAAUGCUUGGUAUGACGAUGAUGGUGAGGUUGGUGGCUGGACUCAAGGGUACAAGGGACUCAACUUCGUGACUGUGAGGGGCGCAGGUCAUGAGGUUCCUCUGCAUAGGCCCAAACAGGCUCUAAUUCUCAUCAAAUCAUUCUUGGCUGGGAGCCCAAUGCCCAGUGUUCAAGAUUUUUACAGUGAUGUGUAACAUAUUUUGGCUACAAUUAUAUAUUACCAAGAUCACAAAAGAUGAACACCUCUAUAUUUUUGCAGCCAUUUCCAGAAAACCUGUAGGAGAUAGUCCAUCACACAAGGUUUGCAUACCUUAUCCUUCUAUAUGUGCUUGUUCAUGUCAUUUUUUUUUCAGGUUUUAGUGUUACCACUUAAUGAAACAUGCAUCAUCCUCCACUAAAAAAGAAAGCCAAGCCACAUUCUUGCCCUUUUAUCUUUCAGGAAGCCUCCUUUUUUGUUCUUUUACUUGUCGUCUGCUAUUAGUUGCGCCUUUUGGAAAGGCUUUUUCGAUUGGUGAUGUCUUUCCAACCAAGAUUUUCACUUUGAAGGAUGGAGUUAUUGUAGCACGAAGCAUUAGUUUUGUGCACUAUGUUUGAUAUCCACCCUGAUGAACCUAUGUUAAGCCAUGAAAUUUUAUUUUAGCUUGAUCAGCAGUAUACUUUAGAAUGGCUAGGUUGUACAUUUGAUACUUUUCCCUUUUCAUGUCUGAUAGUGUUAUGAUAAUAUGAAUAUGUGCAAGCUGAAAUGUACUGUCAAUAACAUGACCGAAGCAUGCAACCAGCAACCUAAGUAAUUUUGUUUUCUAUAGAAGUUUUAUAAUUAAACUUUGAUAGGAUCAUAGGACACAUGCUUGAACCACAUUUAGCUAUGUCGAUUGUCCAUUAAGGCCAUAAUCACUAUGCCGUAAUUAACUUAUGCUUGCCUUUUUCUGCUGUCUUAGAUAUUUCCAAUGCCUGUUGCUAUCAAGUAUUUGGCAUGCAUGUUUGACCUUUAGAUCUCCAUGACCAAUUCACCUUCCACUCAAAUAACCUUUUUACUUCUGGCUUAUGUAAAAAUGUAAAUAACAUUUCAAGUUGUCCAGUCAAUGCCCAAUCCUUAACUUUCAUCAAGUGUGGGUGCGUGGGCACACCUAUGUUGUUUA